UUUACUCCAUCUCACCCACACCAUUUGCAUAUACAUACCCACCUUUUUUUUUUUUUGGCUGGUCCAACCUGUAUCUACUUGCACUAUGAAGGCAUCAUCCAUCUUCACAACAGCGUCCACGCUUAUCGCUGGCCUUGCUUCGAUGGUUAGCGGCCACACAUACCUAAGCCAUAUCUAUCCUAAUGGAAAGCGGUAUGCCGAGGGCGCCUACUCGAAGUCCAUGACAUGCGGUAUUUCGGGCUACAACAACUCGACUAACGAAAUUUGCCCUGUCAAGGCAGGUUCUACCAUGACCAUUGAGUGGCAUCGCUAUAACGAUACGAUGGAGGACUAUGUGCUUACACAUAACCACAUGGGUCCAUGCCUUGUGUACAUGGCACCAAAGGAUAGCCGUGGCCACGGCGAUGUGUGGUUCAAGAUCUUCGAGGAUGGCUACGACCCCAAAACCAAAAAGUGGUGUGCCCAGAAGGUCAUUGACAACCACGGCAAGAUCGAUAUCAAGCUGCCUGCUGACAUCAAGGCUGGCGACUAUCUGCUGCGCACUGAGAUUAUCGCGCUCCACAAUGCGGCCGACAUCAACGGUGCACAGUACUAUCCAAACUGUGCUCAGCUCCGGGUCACUGACGGUGGGUCUUCCACCCCAAAGGGCUACGCCAUUCCUGGAGUCUACAAGAAAACCGACCCAGGAAUCCACUUUGACCUGAAGACCCCCUUUACGUCGUAUCCCAUUCCUGGUCCGCCGCUGUACCAGGGGAGCAGCCAGACUAUGCCUGCGGGGUCUUCCGAUAGUGGACCGGCAAAGGCUGGCCCCUCGUGCACCAAGGGUGCCAGCAAACAGACCCCCUUGGCUCAUACUGCGAUGGGCAGAUACUCUACUGCUCCAGCUAAGCCCUCAGCCACCAGCGAUAGCCCGCAGACAGUAACAGUGACGGCACAGAGGACAGUCACACAGUUCAUCACUGUAAAGCCGUAAUACAUCACUAUGUAGCUCUCUAUGACCGAUUCAAGCUAUAAACUUGUGAC